UCGGAAUAAGGAGGUACUUAUGGCAGAACGGGCAAAUUUAGUCUUUCACAAUAGAGUGAUAGGUGGAACUGCCAUUAAACGGCUUAUUAGUAGAUUAAUAGAUCACUUUGGAAUGGCAUAUACGUCACACAUCCUAGAUCAAGUAAAAACUCUGGGGUUUCGUCAAGCUACUGUUACAUCCAUUUCAUUAGGAAUUGAUGACCUUUUAACAGUACCCUCUAAGGGAUGGCUAGUCCAAGAUGCUGAACAACAGCGUUUCAUUUUAGAAAAACAUCAUCGUUAUGGAAAUGUAUAUGCGGUAGAAAAAUUACGUCAAUCGAUUGAGAUAUGGUAUGCUACAAGUGAAUAUUUGCGACAAGAAAUGAGUUUCAAUUUUAAGAUGACUGACUCUCUUAAUCCAGUCCAUAUAAUGUCUUUUUCAGGAGCUAGAGGAAAUGCAUCUCAAGUACACCAAUUAGUAGGUAUGCGAGGGUUAAUGUCGGAUCCACAAGGACAAAUGAUAGAUUUACCCAUCCAAAGCAAUUUACGCGAAGGAAUUUCUUUAACAGAAUAUAUAAUUUCUUGCUAUGGAGCCCGCAAAGGGGUUGUAGAUACUGCUGUACGAACAUCAGAUGCUGGAUAUCUUACACGCAGACUUGUUGAAGUGGUUCAACACAUUGUUGUACGUCGAACAGAUUGCGGUACCAUUCGAGGGAUUUCUGUAACUACCCGGAAUGGAAUGAUGUCGGAAAGAGUUUUGAUACAAACAUUAAUUGGUCGUGUAUUAGCAGACGACAUAUAUAUAGGUUCAAGAUGCAUUGCCGUUAAAAAUCAAGAUAUUGGGAUUGGACUUAUCAAUCGAUUCAUAACCUUUCAAACACAACCAAUAUCGAUUCGAACCCCCUUUACCUGUAGGAAUACAUCUUGGAUCUGCCGAUUGUGUUAUGGUCGAAGUUCUACUCAUGGUGACCUGGUGGAAUUGGGAGAAGCUGUAGGUAUUAUUGCAGGCCAAUCUAUUGGAGAACCGGGCACUCAACUAACAUUAAGAACUUUUCAUACUGGCGGAGUAUUCACGGGGGGUACUGCAGAACAUGUGCGAGCCCCUUCUAAUGGAAAAAUAAAAUUUAAUGAGGAUUUGGUUCAACCUACACGUACACGUCAUGGGCAUCCCGCUUUUCUAUGUUAUAGAGACUUGUAUGUAACUAUUGAAAGUGACGAUAUUAUACAUAACGUGACUAUUCCACCUAAAAGUUUUCUAUUAGUUCAAAAUGGUCAAUAUGUGGAAUCAGAACAAGUGAUUGCUGAGAUUCGCGCAGGAACAUACACUUUGAAUUUGAAAGAAAGGGUUCGAAAACAUAUUUAUUCUGAUUCGGGGGGGGAAAUGCAUUGGAGUACCAAUGUGGACCACGCAACUGAAUUUACGUAUAGUAAUGUACACGUCCUACCAAAAACAAACCAUUUAUGGAUAUUAUCAGGAAAGUCGUGCAGGUCCGGACCCACUUUUUUCUCACCCCGGAAGGAUCAAGAUCAAAUAAACAUUCACUCUCUUUCUACCGAAGAGAUAAAUAUUUAUAACCCUUCAGUAACUAAUGAUCAAGUAAGACAUCCAUUUUUCAGUUUCCAUUUUUCUGGUAAAAAAGAAAAGAGGAUUCCAGAUUAUUCAAUAUUUAAUCCAAUCAAAUGUAUGAAUCAUUGUCAUUUUACACAUUCUACUAUUUUCCACGAGACUUCGGAUUUAUUGUCAAAGAGGCGAAGAAAUAGAUUCAUCGCUCCAUUUCCAUUCCAAUCGAUUCAAGAACGAGACAAAGAACUGAUGGCCCCUUCCAGUAUAUCUAUUAAAAUACCUAUAAAUGGUAUUUUUCGAAGAAAUAGUAUUCUUGCUUAUUUCGACGACCCUCAAUACCGAACACAGAGUUUGGGAAUUACUAAAUAUAGGACUAUAGGAAGUCAUUUCAUUUCUAAAAAAGAGGAUUUAAUUGAGUAUCAGGGAAUCAAAGAAUUUAACCCAAAAUACCAAAUCAAAGUAGAUCCAUUUUUUUUCAUUCCCGAAGAAGUACAUAUUUUACCGGAACCUUCUUGCAUAAUGGUGCGGAACAAUAGUAUCGUGGGAGUAGAUACACCAAUCACUUUAAAUAAUCUAAGAAGUCGUGUAGGCGGAUUAGUCCGAGUGGAGAAAAAAAAGGGGGGGUUUGAAUUAAAAAUUUUUUCUGGAGAUGUUUAUUUUUAUGGGGAGAUGGAUAAGAUAUACCGGCACAGUGCCGUUUUGAUACCACCUGGAACGGUAAAAAAAAAAAAAUUUAAAGAAGUAACAAGAAUGAGAAAUUCGAUCUAUGUCCAAUGGAUCACAACGACCAAGAAAAAAUCUUUUGUUUUGGUUCGACCCGUAAUUCUAUAUGAAAUAGUGGAUGGUAUCAAUUUAGUAAAACUUUUCCCCAAAGAUCUGUUCCAAGAAAGAGAUAAUCUCGAACUUAAAGUUAUUCAUUAUAUUCUUUAUGGAAAUGGAAAAUCAAUUCGGAGAAUUUCUGGAACAAGGAUUCAAUUAGUUCGGACUUGUUUAGUUGUAAAUUGGGAUCACAAAAAAAAUAUUUCCUCUAUCGACGAGGCCCGCGCUUCUUUUGUUGCGGUAAAUACUAAUGGUUUGAUUGGAGAUUUCCUAAAAAUUAACUUAGUGAAAUCCCAUAUUUCAUAUAUCAGAAAAAGAAAUGAUCCGUUCAGUUCAGGAUUGAUCUCGAAUAAUGAGUCAGAUCGGAUCAAUAUCAAUCCAUUUUUUUCUACUUAUUUUUUUAAGACAAAAAUUCAACAAUCACUUAGCCAAAAUCAUGGAACUAUUCGUAUGUUGUUCAAUAGAAUGGAAUGCCGAUCUUUGAUAAUUUUGUCAUCAUCGAAUUGUUUUCAAACGGGACCAUUCAAUGAUGUAAAAUAUCAUAAUGGGAUACAGAAUGGGAUAAACGAAAUACAGGGUUGA